AUGUUAGAGCUUGAUGCCCAUGCUGCACUUGAGCUUCUCAAGUCUCAGCCCUCUGCCGAAGACACGUCUAGGUCCCUGGCGGUAAUCAGCAAAGAUCAACAACUAAGUUUGGAAGCCGCCGCGGUAAUAGUUAAAUACGUGAUACCCGCCUUCCCGUCACUGCCGCAAACUGUCAAAAGGCAACUGGUCUUGAUUCUGGGAGAUUCUUUUGUGCUAGUGACGCACAUUUUGAGCUUUACCAAACUUCUACAAGACAAGCCAGAAGGCCGAAUUUGUCGAGCCUUCUUGAUUCAUGCUUUGGGCGAAAAUCCUGCAGCAUUGGCCAACUAUGUUAGGCACUCCAAAACGAAGUUGGAGCAGCAAAUGCUAAAAUCAGCUUUCUUUGGUAGCAGAAUUCUAAAUUGUCUCGGGAGCGAAAUCGACAUUGUUGGUUACCUGGAGCUUGUUCUGAAGCAAAUGGAGUACCUUCUUGACCAUCCAAGUGCAUCGAAUAACAAGAUCAAUGCAGAUUUUCUUGUUGCUUUGCUCAGUCUUCACGAGAGUCAUAGUCUAAAGGUUGUCUUUCAAGAUCUGGCACUUUCUAGCGAAGGCAGAUUCCAGAAUUUUAUACUACAACUACAGAAUGGGUCUGCGUUAUCCCGAAAUCGGCUCAUAAAAAGUCUUCUGAUAUAUCUUGACUACAAAGUAAGUCCUGAGCUCAACGAUGCCAUUUACAAUAUACUAAAACAAACCGGGGUCGAGGAUAUACAGUAUGAGACUCUAACAGAAUUAAGAAGCACCACCCUUAAAACCAUUGUUGUCCAACUCAUGUCCGAAGAAGUACUUUUGAAGGUGUACCGUUAUUUAAUAGGAUUUUUUCGAAGAGGUGACGACGCAGAUGAUAACUUGGUCUGCACCUUGCUAGCGGUUGUUCUCGAAGGCCUUUCGAGCUCCGUUAGAUUUCAACUUGGAAGUGAUAGCGCUUUCUUGGAUGCCGUAACCAAACGCUUAAGUUCUCAAGAUGCCCUGGUAAGGGAAAGAACAAUGUUUCUUGCAAAGCAAAUCACGAACGGUGAACUCACAUAUGAAAGUGAUUUUAAAAUCGAUAUUCCGAUAGUGAGAGACCCUGGAAACAAAUAUAUCGAUUUUGGCGCUUUUCAGAAUCACGCUUCUAACAACUUUGUGCAAUCUAUGACUCCCGCGACCGUCGAAAGCCUCGUAAAAUUAUCAAUAUCGGAAGAUGGAAGCAACGAAGACGGGUUUGAUAUCGUUUUUCUCAAGGAUUUGGUUCGCGAGUUCGAGCAACUAGCAGGAAGCAGUAAAGAUCGCGUUCAGCUUCUCCGAGCUACUGUGAAGCUGGUUCGACAAAAGCGAGACUUUAUUCUCGAGGUUGAGUCAUAUAGCUCUCAGCUAUUGGCAAUGAUAUGUUCACUAAAUAAUGAUUUGGACGAAUCCGAAUUUCAGGAGUGGAAGUUAAAUGCAAUGGUUAGUAUUAUUGUAACUGUUCCCGGUAAAAUUGUGGAUCUGGUCCAGAUCUUGUUUGGUCAAGAAUUAUCGCUUCAGCAACGCAUUACCAUUCUGUCGGUCAUGAGCCUGGCAGCGAGGGAGUUGCGAGGUCUCGACGAUGGCGUCAUUGUCAAGCCGAAAACAGAUUUUCCAACUAAAAGACUACCUUGGGACCAACCUUUCCAGGAUGUUCAUGCACCCAUUUCAAACACGACAGCAAAUGAAGCUCAUACGGUGUGGAGAUCGCGCAAACUUGAGAAGUUGGACUCUUCAAAUGCUGCUCAUGAAAAUAGGUUUCGAAAGGUGGCCCCAAAGUUUUUCUAUCCGCUUGCUCAUGGCUGGUUGAACGGGAUUGACAUGGGCGUUUACGACGCCAUGUUUAAGAAACAUUAUUUGUCCACUAUGCAGAUCAUUUUAUCAGCCGCUCAUCCACACCAUGAAUUCAAUUCCAUGUACGCAUUGAUGUGUACUGUCCUUGAAGAUGCUGUGGAUAAAAAUAUAAAAUUUGAUGAUUCAGAAACUGCCAAGUUCGCUGAGCUUUCGAAGCUUUCGAAGCGACCCUUAAACUCGGAAUUUUGA